AUGGUAGCUCUGCAUGGCAAGCCUCGCAAAGCCGGCUUUGCAGCAGCUGUUGCACUGCUGGUCCAUCACAGGGGGCAGGCCCCCCGAGCCCUCUUGCGUACACUGCAGCUUGGAAGACCAGGUCGCACAGAACUUGGCGCAUCUCAGGGGCGGACAGCACGAUGGACGGACGAGGUCGCCCUGCUGAUUGACGGAGAUCAAAUCGGACCUCAGUGGUUUGAGUCUGUGUUGCUGGCAGUGCAGAGGAUGUCCGGUGAAAGGCCGAAAGUGGCGGUUUGCUUCGGAGCUCCACAUUUGGCAAGCUCAUGGAAGUCACAUUUGACACAGCAUGGAAUUCAAUUCCAGAAAGUCGAGCGGAAGAAUACCUCAGAUCGACCCGACCCUAACGAUGCUGCCAUUAUGAAGGCGGCGAAUUCAAUUGCCACAGCAAGUCCUGACAGCUGCAUAGCCAUCGCCUCCACGGAUUCCGACUUUCUGGAAUAUCACCUGCAGCUAAAGAACCGUGGCAUCCGGUCCGUGGCUCUCGUGCCCUACACGAGCGAUGAGAAGCGCUGCGCCCUUUCCGGCGUGGAGUCCUGCCGAUUUCGAGUUCCUCCGAGCAACCCCGGCUUCAAGGAGGCCUUCGAAGCCAGGUUUCAGCGAGAGUACGAGGAGGAGAAGGCCCAGGAAGUCUUCCAAGAGGUCGGAGAAGCUCUCAAAGAGCUUGGCUACCUACCAGAGCUGCCUCCUUUCCCAACUGCGAGGUCUUUGGCCCUCUUCUUCCAUGCCAACAGGGUCGAGAAUGUGCAGCUGUAUCCUUGGUGCGUCGCCGCCUUCCUUGCCAGACCGCUUCUGGAUGCUGCCGUCCCGAAUCCCGGGGACCUGCUGUUCUUCGAGGCCAUGGAGGGCCGGAAGCAGCCUGCUGCUUUGAAACGCUGGCACGUGGAGCAAGCGAAGGACGGCGACGGCCUGGCACUGAAGGUCCUGGCCUGGCUGGGCUACGAGGUACUCCCAGAGAAGCCUGCAUCCUUGUGCGAAGAACUGCGUGCUUUCUGGCGCCGCAACAGCAAAGCAAUGCGGAUCAACUUAAAGCACUCGAAGGGGGUCACUUCCAUUCCGGUGCUGAGAAGUGAGAUGGACUGUGCUGAGAUGCUGCAUUUUCUGGACACCGUGUUCAAAGAUAAUGCGGUUCGGCAGCAAUGGCGCCCUCCUCCAGAUGACCGCGACACCCGCCUUUGGCUGGCUCGAAAGCGCUACCUGCCAGAUGCGGAGGCUCCGCGAUCCGAGGUGUUGGCAGCAAUGGUCACAUUGCUGGAGGAUCGCGGAGUCGAAGCACCUGAGCACUCAUUCGCCUUGACGCUGUGCUUGGCACAAGAAGCGAUCCUGCAGCGACACAACGUCCUCUCCAGAGGAUGA